AUGCCAAAGCUUGCGGAUGACUUCUUUGACUGGUUCAAGACGACAACGGGUGAAGCGCCAACUUCGGAGAUGCUUACGCACUGUCGGCGGGAACUUUUCCACACCAUAUGGCGGCUUAUCCUCGACGACAAGUUCAUGGAGGCAUGUGAGCACGGGAUCGAAAUUCUCUGUCCUGACAAUAUCUGGCGGCGCUUCUACUUCCGCGUCUUCACAUACUCAGCCGACUAUCCCGAGAAGGUCCUUCUGGCCACAAUACGCAGUCUGAGCCGCUGUCCCUGCCCCCGAUGUCUUCUGACGUCUGACCAAUUCAAUCAACUGGGCACAGUCAACGACAACAAACGACGAGCCAAACUGCACCGUGUUGAUGAUCAUCGCCAUCGUGGCCUUGUUCGACGUGCCCGAGCUAAGGUAUACGAGAAGAACCUGGCCCCAUACGGGGCUGCUGUCAAGCGUAUCCUGGGACCGGAAUCCUACGUUCCUGUCAUGAAUGCGUUCAGCAAUGUGUCUACCUUCACGUGGGACAUCUUUCAGAUGCUAGCUCCUGAUCUUAUGCACGAGCUGGAGCUUGGUGUCUGGAAAAUGACCUUUGUCCAUCUGAUUCGCAUUUUGGUUGCCAACGCUGGUGACGCUAUCACUAGCCUCAACUGGCGCUAUCGACAGAUGCCAGCCUUUGGUCGAGACACAAUUUGGCGGUUUACAAACAACACGUCAGCAAUGAAACGCCUUGCUGCCCGGGAUUACGAGGACUUAUUGCAGUGCGCCAUGCCUGUGUUUGAAGGCCUGUUGGACGACGAUGUCUAUGGUGACAAUGAUGUCAUCCAAGACCUGUUGUUCAGUAUGGCGUACUUUCAUGCGCUAGCCAAGCUUCGUAUGCAUACAGAUGCGACACUGGAGCGACUCCGGGAGGCAACAAAGGACUUGGGCUACCAACUCUGCCGUUUUGCCAAAUCAACCUGCGAACACUUUGUCACGAAGGAGCUUCCUCGGGAGGAGGCUGCCCGCCGCAAGAAAGCUGCACGGAAGGCCCCAACAUCAACCGUUGAUUCCAGCCCACAGUUCAAAGCGUUUAACCUUACGACUGUCAAAAUGCAUCUGAUUGGUUACUACCCACUCGAAAUCCCCUUCUUUGGAACAACUGACUCAUAUUCGACUGCACCAGGGGAACUCGAACACAACAAGAAUGGUGCCGUUACUCAGAUCUCUAAUCUCGAGUGUCGUGAGGCCGAGCUACUACGCAUUCAAACCAAGGUCCAGGCUGCUGCUGCUGCGCCUCCAAUCGCAACUCUUAACACCUCAUCCAAGCGCAAACGUGGCACAGCCAAGGCGCGAGCCAAAUCAACUGGCACUACUCUGAGCUUUGCUGACUCCGAAUCUCUGCCGUACACGCCACCCGAUUUCCCUCAUCAUAUUUCCCAAAGUCGUAACUUUUAUUUCACUCUGGACAACUGGUUGGAUGAAAAUACUGGUGACCCAGCCAUUAAGAACUUCCGACGUGACCUAAAAAAUCAUCUGCUGGCACGUAUACUGCACCCAGACUACUCAAGCGAUGGAUCUGAAUAUUCCGCCAAUGACCGUAACAACCUGUUCAUUGUCAACAACCGCAUCUAUAUUCACAAAAUUCUCCGAGUCAACUUUACGACUUACAACGACGCCAGUGACGACCACCCUUUCGAGUACUCCCGUGUCAUUGGCAUCUUCCAUUGUGACGUUCAACACAAACUCCGUGGCUAUGUCUCAGCUGCUGUUCCUGUCACCUUUCUCUGGUUUGUUCCCGAGCUUGACGAUACCGCAUAUGCUUUUGUCAACCCUGACGAGGUCAUCCGUGAAGCCCAUCUUAUCCCUGCCUUUGCGCGCGGGCUCAACGACAACUCCGACAUCCCAUCACUUGGCCGGCCUAAUGGUCAACAAGACUGGCUCUACCACUAUGUGAACUUCUUUGUUGAUCGCGACAUGCUGAUGCGCUAUCUUGGUGGUGGUGUCGGCCAUUCCUAUCAGGUCUUUGUUCCAGACCCUGAGCCAGAUGCUGCUGAAAUGGAGAUUGAGGAGUGGUCUGAUGAGGGGUCUGUCCUGGGGCAGGACGAGCCCUUGGAACCAGAGCUGGACAACUCAGACCUUGAAGAGGAGGAGGAGGAGGAGGAUUUGGCUGCACAGUCUGGUUCUGACAGAGACUCAGAGUGGGACAGUGAGUCUGAGUCUGACUCUGACUCUGGUGAGCCUGAUUUAGGGCCUGAGGAUGGGGAGGACAUUGGGGAUGCACAGGCUGCAGAUAACUAUGAUAUUUCACUUUAA